AUGAGCGCGCCAAAGAAUCCUCCGCCCGAGAAGGCGCUAGAUACGCCGGCGAAUGAUAUCAGCGGGACGGAUAGCCCGUCCGAAGUUGAGCUUGAGCAGGAUGUAGUCAAUGAGAAGUCGCUGUUGAGGAAGCUUGAUCUCAAGCUUCUGCCGGCGGUGGGCAUUUUGUACCUUCUCUCAUUCCUCGACCGAUCUAAUGUGGGCAAUGCUCGAAUUGAAGGCCUUACUACCGAUCUCAACAUGAGUGGUAACCAGUAUCUGACUGGUCUAACUCUAUACUUUAUCGGUUAUGUUCUCUUUGAAAUUCCAUGCAACAUCAUCUUGAAAAGGACCACUCCACGCUUUUGGCUUCCGACACUGACUAUCGCAUGGGGCAUUGUCGCGACGCUCAUGGGAAUCGUCACUAAUAUGGCCGGAUUCUUUGUCGCCCGCUUCUUCCUCGGUGUCACUGAGAGCGGUCUCUUUCCUGGAGUGGUAUACUACUUCUCGAUGUGGUAUAAGCGUCGCGAGAGACAGUUCCGCAUCUCCCUCUUCUUCAGCGCUGCCUCUCUUGCCGGUGCGUUCGGCGGUAUCCUAGCAUGGGGAAUCGGACACAUGAGAGUUGUAUGGGACAAUGGCUGGAGAUGGAUCUUUAUCUUGGAGGGUAUCGCAACCGUGGUCAUUGCUGUCGGCGCAUACUGGUUCAUCCAAAACUACCCCGACACGGCCAAAUUUGUUUCUGAAAAGGAGCGCCGCUUUAUCAGGGCCAGAUUAGCUUCCGACAGCGAUGCCACGCAUAACGAGAAGUUCUCGUGGAGUAAUGUGAUGGAUGCUAUCAAGGACCCAAAGUGCUGGUUGUACGGUCUUGGUUUCCACACCAUGAGCUUGCCGCUAUACACGUUUUCUUUGUUCAUUCCUACCAUCAUUAAGAACCUCGGGUACACCGCGGCCGUCGCCCAACUGCUCACUAUCCCUCCUUAUGCCGUCGCCUUUGUCACAACAUUGACCGUCGCGAUUUACUCCGAACGCACCGGCCGCCGUGCCUUCUUCAUCAUGGGAUCAUCCGCGGUCGCGGCGAUUGGUUACAUCAUUCUUUUAGCCAACUCCGACCCUGCGGGGAAGCCUGGCGUCUCGUACCUCGGAACCUUCUUCGCAGCUGCGGGAAUCUACCCCGCCACCGCUCUCGUCCUCUCGUGGCCGGCCAUCAAUGUCUCUGGGCAGACCAAGCGUGCUGUAGGCAACGCAAUGCAGAUCACUAUUGGAAAUUUGGGAGCUGUGUUGGGAACACAGUUGUAUCGUGCCAAUGAUGGUCCGAGGUACAUUGUCGGCCACUCUUUCGCUUUGGGGUAUCUUUUGGCGAAUAUCAUCGUCUGUGGUAUCUUAUACUUUGUGUUGAAGGGUGAGAAUAAGAGACGCGAGGCUAUUGCACCGGAAGUUCAAGCAAUUGGCGACUUGGAGGAUUGGCCCGGUGACAAGGACCCUAGAUGGAGAUUCCAAUACUAG